ACUUAAGCAACGGUCAUACCAAAAUUUUUCAGUGCCGUCGUGCCGCACGUUUUUCUUGUAAAUAAAUAAAUAAUAUAUAAAACACUAAGAUGUUCCGCCUGCAACAAUCCCAGCCCGAUCCCGCCGAAGAGCAAAAACGAGUUGCAUCUGAAGUCCGCUUCAAUUUCAUCCUCUUUGGAGCUAUAAUCGCAGCUGUUCGAUUGGCGCCAGUGGUCCUACAGCAUUUAAAUACGGCAUAGGAAUAAAGUAAAUAAAGGAAAUUUAACUGUACCAAGAAGUUAUCAAUUAUCUAGUUGUUCAACAACUGGCACGCAAAAUGCAUUUAUUUAAAAGCACUUUGGCAAUUGGAUAGCGUUUCAAAUUUAAAUCAAGGCAUUUUUUAAGUUUGGAAUAAAUUAAGGACGCUCCUAAAAAAAUGAUGUUAUACAAAAUGUAGAAAGUGAAUAAAAACAAGACAUACCCA